AUGGCAACUAUGAAGGCUGUAAACUAUAUCGGACCUCACAAGGUCCAGGUCCAAGAGGUCGAAAAGCCCAAGCUGGAGCAUCCAGAUGAUAUCAUCGUCAAAGUCACAACUGCUGCAAUCUGUGGCUCGGACCUGCACAUGUACGAAGGCAGAACCGCCGCAGAACCAGGCAUCACAUUCGGACAUGAGAAUAUGGGGAUCGUGGAGGAACUGGGUCAAGGUGUAACAAUUCUCAAGAAGGGCGAUCGAGUUGUCAUGCCAUUCAACGUCGCUGAUGGUCGGUGUCGCAACUGCGACGAGGGAAAGACCGCAUUCUGCACCGGUGUCAAUCCAGGAUUUGCGGGUGGUGCUUAUGGCUACGUUGCCAUGGGUCCCUAUCGAGGAGGCCAGGCUCAAUACAUCCGCGUUCCUUACGCCGACUUCAAUGCUCUCUUGUUGCCACCAGGAACGGAACAUGAAGCGGACUUUGUCCUUCUGGCCGACAUUUUCCCAACUGGCUGGCACGGUGUGGAAAUCUCUGGCUUCAAAUCUGGCGAAAGCAUAGCAGUUUUCGGCGCAGGUCCAGUGGGCCUGAUGGCCGCCUACUCCGCACAAUUACGCGGCGCAUCUCGCAUUUUCGUAGUAGACCGUGUCCCAGAAAGACUGGCAGUUGCCAAGAAAAUCGGGUGUAUCCCGAUUGAUUUUACGCUGGGAGACGCUGUUGACCAGAUCAUCCGCCUCAACGACGGGAUGGUCGAUCGCUCCGUCGAUGCUGUCGGGUAUCAGGCUGUCAAUGCAACCGGUUCCGCAGAGAAGCCAAAUAUUGUCCUUGAGAACAUGAUUCGCGUGACGAGGGCUUGUGGAGGAAUGGGUAUUCCUGGACUUUACGUGCCUAGCGACCCGGGUGCAUCUGACGACACCGCCGCAAAGGGCCUGGUUAGUCUCAGUUUUGGGAAGUUAUUCGAGAAGGGCCUGUCUCUCGCCACCGGACAAUGCAACGUCAAAGCCUACAACCGAUACCUACGAGAUAUGAUUGUCGCUGGCAAGGCCAAGCCGAGCUUUGUUGUUUCACACGAGGUGUCGAUCGAUGAUGCAGAGAUUGCAUAUCACAAGUUCGAUAAAAGGGAGGAUGGAUACACAAAGGUACUGCUGCAUCCGAAUGGAAGUAUUGACCAGAUCAGUGCGAAAAUUUGA